AUGUAAAUAAGAAAAGAGAGUUUCUUGGUUUUUCAAAGUCUACAAGUGUCUUUAGAUGCAUAAAAUCAAUCUUCUUUAAAAAUAAAUACAGUUGAAGAACAUAACUAAGAUUAAAGAAUGCUAUCUUAACGAAUCACUCAGCCAAUGUAGGUAGUCCCUUAAGUUCCACAAACAAUGCCAUCUUCUUAAACUGAUUUGGAAAGUCAUCGAACUAGAAAAGUUUCAUUUAUUCCAUUAAUAGGUAGAAUUGCUGAAUCAACUCCUCAAAAAUUAAGUACAAUUUUUGAAGAACAACAAAGUUCAAAAAAGCAAGAACCACAAUAAAAAAAGAUUCCUGUUGCUUAGUAAAUUUAAUUACAACAGUCCAUACAAAAAUAACCAACUAUAUAAACUUAACUCAUUAAACACCAUAAUAAUAACCUUUUCAAACACAUAAGGCAAUUCAAAUACAAGAAAACAGUGCAAAAUAAUCCUAUAGGAAAAAUUUGAAACCAAUUGUAAUAGAUAUUGUGAAGGAUCUGAAAUAGUUAAAUUCAUUGGGUGAAAUGAAUGAUGCUACAUUGAAAAGAGUGAUCACAAGAGAAGAAUAAGAAAUUUUACUUAUCUAAGAUAUAUUGUCUUAAAAAAUAAGUAAGUUACAAUAAAGGUUAAUCUAAUUAAAUUAAAUUGAAUAAAGACAACUUGAUUCAAAGAUGAAUAAUAAUAGUAUACUGAAUUAAAUGCAAGAUAAGGAAAAUUAAGUUGAAUAUUAAUAAUAAAAGGGAUCUUCAUAAGAAAUUAGGGCUACUUUGAUAUAAUGUCUUGGAUAUAAAGUAAAUCAUAUCUAUUAUGAUAAAAAAUAAUAUUAAAUAAUAUUUACCUAUUAAUAAGCAAAUGUUCAAUAUUCAUUUUAAAAUUAGAAAUAGAUUGGCAUUAAUCUAGAAAUGUAGGAUAUAUUUAAUGAAUUCUAUAGAGAAUUACAAAAGAAUAGAUUAGUAUUAUCUGGCUUGAAAAUUGAUUAUAAAUAAAAAACAGAAAUAAACAAAGGAGAAAUACUACAAUUAUAAUUGAAACAUUAAUUUUUAAAUUCUAACAAUAUUUAAAGUAGAUGAGUUAGAAUAAAUAAUUACUUUUAAGUAAUAAGAUUUGGGGAACUUUAUGGAAAGUUGAUUCAGAAAAAGGUUCGAUUUAAAUUUUAUUCAGCCAUAGAUGCAGAAUAGAUUAUAAAAAUUUAUUAUCUAAUACAAAAAAGAAAGUAAUAAGAUUUGAAAUAAAUUUAAGAAGUUUCGAAAUUCAAUAUUAAUUUUAUAAAUAUUUUGAUAAAAUAAUAUAACCAUUNGUAUAUAUAUAUAAUUAUAUUAUUGGUGUAUUAAUUUAAAUUUGAAGAUGAAUAAAUAUGAACAGAAGUAAAAUUAAUAUGUAAAUAAGAAAAGAGAGUUUCUUGGUUUUUCAAAGUCUACAAGUGUCUUUAGAUGCAUAAAAUCAAUCUUCUUUAAAAAUAAAUACAGUUGAAGAACAUAACUAAGAUUAAAGAAUGCUAUCUUAACGAAUCACUCAGCCAAUGUAGGUAGUCCCUUAAGUUCCACAAACAAUGCCAUCUUCUUAAACUGAUUUGGAAAGUCAUCGAACUAGAAAAGUUUCAUUUAUUCCAUUAAUAGGUAGAAUUGCUGAAUCAACUCCUCAAAAAUUAAGUACAAUUUUUGAAGAACAACAAAGUUCAAAAAAGCAAGAACCACAAUAAAAAAAGAUUCCUGUUGCUUAGUAAAUUUAAUUACAACAGUCCAUACAAAAAUAACCAACUAUAUAAACUUAACUCAUUAAACACCAUAAUAAUAACCUUUUCAAACACAUAAGGCAAUUCAAAUACAAGAAAACAGUGCAAAAUAAUCCUAUAGGAAAAAUUUGA